ACCCCAGGGACUCGCUCAGCCUCCGCUGACUUUUUUCGCUGAGCGCAGCCGCCUGGCGCCGGUUUCCGCCAGGCUGUAGCGCGCGGGCCACAGCUUCUCUGGGGACGCAGCAGGGUGAAGUGGGGACCUCGGCGCGCGCCCAGCUCCCGGCUCUCCCGGCCCGCGCCCCGGCCCCCGGCCCGCGCCCCGGCCGCCGGCAUGGUGCUGCUGGCCGGGACCGGGCCGGAGGGCGGCGGGGCGCGCUGCAUGACCCCGCCACCGCCGUCCCCACCCCGGGGCGCGCAGGUCGAGGAGGACCACACUGACUACGAAGAGUUCGAGGACUUCUCGAGUCUGCCUGACACCCGCAGCAUCGCCUCGGACGACUCUUUCUACCCUUUCGAGGACGAGGAGGAGCAAGUCGUCGAGAGCGCAGAGAGCGUCCCGGAGGGCGUCCCGGAGGCGGCGAGCCUCCUGCGCGCCGCCUGCGCCAACGACGUGGGGCUGCUGCGGGCACUGGUGCGGCGCGGGGUGAGCGUCGAGGAGGCGCAGGAGACAGACCGCAACGGCCGGACCGGCCUUAUUGUCGCCUGCUACCACGGCUUUGUGGAUACUGUGGUGGCCUUAGCAGAGUGCCCCCACGUUGACGUCAACUGGCAGGACAGCGAGGGGAACACAGCCCUAAUCACAGCUGCACAGGCAGGACACGCGAUCAUCACCAACUACUUGUUGAACUAUUUCCCCGGUCUUGACCUUGAGAGGAGGAACGCGUUCGGGUUCACCGCCCUGAUGAAAGCCGCCAUGCAGGGUCGAACCGACUGCAUCCGAGCCCUGAUGCUGGCAGGGGCGGAUGUCCACGCGAGGGACCCCCGCCGUGGGAUGUCUCCGCAAGAGUGGGCCACUUACACUGGCCGCGUGGAUGCCGUUCGCCUCAUGCAAAGGCUGCUGGAGCGCCCCUGCCCGGAACAGUUUGGGGAAAAGUACCGGCCGGAGCUGCCGCCGCUCCCCGAGGCUGCGAGGAAGCCCGCGGGCUCCAAGAACUGCCUGCAGAGGCUCACGGACUGCGUGCUGUCCGCGCUCACGCCGCGCUCCGUGCGGAGCCCGGAGGAUGGGGGCGCCCUGGACCACAUGGUCAGGAUGACCACUAGCCUCUACAGCCCCGCCGUGGCCAUCGUGUGCCAGACCGUGUGUCCCGAGAGCCCCCCGUGCGUGGGGAAGCGGCGGCUGGCGGUGCAGGAGAUCCUGGCGGCGCGGGGGCCCCGGGCGCAUGAGGCGGAGGAGUCUGGGGGCGCCGGGCAGCGCAGGCGGACCAGCCCGGCAGACGCAGGCUCCCAGGAGGGCUCCCCAAGAGCCAGCCUCCCGCCCGCCCCGCCGCCGGGGUCCCGGGGCCCCGCCGCGCCCGCCCCGCGGAAGUCCAGCCUCCUGCCCCUGCAGCGCCUGCGGCGGAGCAGCGUGCGGCCCGGCGUGGUGGUGCCCCGAGUCCGCGUCUCCAAGGCGCCCGCGCCCACCUUCCAGCCCGAGCGGCCGGCGCGGAAGGGCAGCACCAAGGACAGCGGCCACCUGCAGAUCCCCAAGUGGCGGUACAAGGAGGCCAAGGAGGAGAAGCGCAAGGCGGAGGAGGCCGAGAAGAAGCGCCAGGCCGAUACGCAGAAGGAGAAGCGCCCGCCGCCCUGGAAGAAGAGGACGUGAGGGCCUGUGUGCCCGGCGCGGGGUCCAGGGCAGGGCGAGGCCGCGGGGCUGGGUGCGAGGAGGAGGCGGCUCCGCUGCGCUGGGUGCGAGGAGCAGCACUGCUGCCGCGCGUUUCCAGGCUGGCUGUCCAGGCUGCUCCCAGGAGGGGGCUGGGGGAGCCACAUCGAUUCGCCUGUCACCAGCCCGCCGGCAAUCAGUACACCUAGCGGGCAUGUUGCCUAGAAGGCUCCUUUUAGAGAACCUCAAUUAAGAUUUUUUUUUUAAAGAUCAAUUUAUCAAAGGGCAUUUUCUGCGUAAUUUUGUAUUUUUAAUCAUUAUUUAUCAAAUUUGCAACGUUUUACGAGUGAUAGGGCCCCUUGUAUCCAAAGCAGUUUUAAUACACUUGCCCGAAGACCUUUUGUUUAAAAUACUGUUUCUAGCGAUAAAUAUUUAUGGUAUCUUUAUGAGUUCACACAGAAAUCCUGGGAUUCUCCUUUUUUUUGGGUAUUUGCUUUGGUGUUUUCUCCUCAUCGUGGGUGCAUGUGCACACUGAAUGUUCUUUUUAAUUAGAUGAAGUAAUGCCAGAUAUUUCUAUUUGAUGGAGGCAUUGACUCAUUCAGACACAUGAUCAAGUGAGACAGAGAGAUCAGAUGUUAUUGUAUCUUUUAAAAACUCUUAAUACAGUAAUAUAUUGGAGAAAAACAUAUUGUCAAAUUAUAAAACAAUUCAGAGAUAAACAUGUAUUUAUUGCUAGAAUUAAGCAAGGGGUUUUAGAUAAACUGGAUUAAAAAAACUUUCACUUAUUAAAAAUAGGAGAAAAAACUGUCAUUUGAUAAAAUGGGGGCAAAUUUAGCAAAUGAUUAUCAGAAAUACAAAAUUAAGCCAUACGCGCUCUUAAGUAAAUCAAAUCCAGAUAUCCUUAAAAUGCAAGAAAGAUGUAACAGAGCCAGGAGCCCAGAACGAUGCAAAUUACAGGAAUGGGAAGGAGGUGGUUUUUAGAACAGGCGAUGAGAAUGGAAUAGGAAGUAAACUUGUUUUCGGCAAAUUCUCCUGGAGUGGACUGGGGAGCCCCUCCUCCAGACUCAGUUCCAAAGAGUCCCUUGUGUGGCUAUUUCUUUUAUUUUUCCUUUGAGGACUGCACUUAGUAUUUAGUUCAUCCUCAUGCUAACCUCAUAGAAUUUCCAAGAUGUGGAGCCUUGGGCAGGGCAGGACAUGGGUGUGAUUUGCCUUGGGCUGCAAGCUCUUGGUGAGAGUUUUAUGUCCACACUUUUAUCUCCAAAGUGACAUGGAGAUCACUUUUCUCAGUGAUCCAAUUAGAAUUUAUCAAAGAGCGUUUUCUGCAUAAUUUUGUAUUUUUAAUCUUUAUCGGAUUUGCAGCAUUCUAAUUCGGCAGGGCAGGGUAUGAAAGCUGGAAGCUCAGGCAGGAGUUUCUAAUUGUAAUGACUCUCGCCAUGUGGGUUGUAGAGUGUCUGUCACAUAUGCACUUUAUUUCAGUAUUAGUUUAAAUACUUGGACGCACAUGCUCACAGGCCUAUUUGGAGGCUCUGUACUAUGACACCUAAUAACUCUAGGUACGUCGUGAUACGGGAUGUCUGUCUCAGGACACAGGCAGGGCUGGCGCAGGCUUCUCCGGGCUUCCUUCCUCCUGGCACCAUCAGGCAUUGAGCAACCAGGAAUCUUAAACUGGCCUCUCCAAAAGCUCCCCUGAACAGGACUGCAGGCUGCACACAGGCUAAUGGGAGAUUGGUGUGAUGAUGAUACAGUGUUUAAGAUCAGACUUCUUGCAUGAUCCCAAAAGGCACUCUGAUGAAUGCACAGGGGACUAGACCCUCUUAGAGAACUGCAAAUAUUGGUUGACUGAGUCACCCUCGUGGCCAAGGAGUUGGGAUUGGUCAUGUCCCCUUCAAGCAGGUGGGGACUGUGACUGACACUGGUUAUCUUUGGGGGUUGUCUUUGCUGAAUCCUCUGGCAUUGUGGCACCUUCCUGCCACAUGUACAUAAUUCACAGCAUUACCAAGUCACCACGAGCCCCACCCUCACCUCUGUCAACUGAGGACCACGCCAGGCAGGACCACGUGGUCUCCCAGGCAUGCCUCUGGACACCAGCUACCCCUGCUGCGAAAGUUCUCAAGGCAUUGGCUGGGGGAGCUAAGCCCUGGGCCUGUCCUGCAGCUCCGCAGGUGACUGCGCUCAGCCUGCAUGGAGAACUGCAGUGCUAACACUGUGAUUGCGAGGGGAGAGGACACCCAUCCCGAACUCCCACAAAGGGCUUCGCCUACCCAAGAAUGUCUCAUUGUCAUGGGAACAGCCGGGGUCGGGCAGCUUCUGUGCGGACUGACGUGGCAUCUGACUCUUGGAGCGUUGCCAGGCCUCCUGCCUGUUUCCACUGUGGGAAGUUGGCACUGGGAAUGGUAUGGAGUCCCCACUUCUACCCUAAGCCUGGGUGUCUGCUGCUUCCACGUCAAAAAUGGACAUUUCUGGUCCUGCCAAGCUGCUACCUCACCACAGCCCAUGCUCACAGUCUCCAGGGCAAGCAAACGACUGGUGAUUUCCCCAUGUCCCACGCUGUUCUGGAGUGGACACGUUGCGGCCCUGCGCCUGAUGUGUUCCAGCCUUGUCCAGGUGCACAGGAGACCCUGGGGCCAGCACAGGGCUUGUCUGGUCAUGCUCCUGGCGUCCACAAAACAGCUCUAGAGAGACCCGCAUUUUGAAAACCCUCCCGAGCCAGCAAGCGUGGGGCAGGACAUGGAUUCUUUUGGCAAAUCUGAAGGUGAGCUGGCCACUUGUCUGGUGAGGGGAAGCUGCUGUUACCUGGCCAGUGUUUGCAACUUGAGGGAAAAUGACAGCUUCAUGGAGGGCUCUGGUGGGACUGGGAAGCCUCACCUCCCAGGCAGCUUUGGUGUGGCCUCAGUGGGAAGAUCGGAUUUUGAAAACCCACCAGACCCAACUGAAAGAAGGGCCAUUCCUGAUUGAGUUGGAGACUCCCGGGUCCCUCUCUCUAGACUCGUUCUAGCCGUACUCUGUGGGCAGGCCCUCCCUCUGGUGCAUGAGGCAGGUCCAGGCAGCUUCUGUGGCCGUGCCUGUGGCUGCUGGCCCAGCUUCUCCCUUUUGCCAUGCAGAAGCAGAUUUGCUGGGAGAGGAAUUUUCCAAGUCAAGGGACAUGCCACCAAGCCUCUUUCCUCCACCUGUGGGGGUGGGGGGACUUCUGCUCUUGUUUCCUCAUUCUCUUUGGAGUGGACAUCAGAGGGGACAAGCAGGCCCCCAGUCAGGCUCAGGGAGUGAAGGAGGCCAGGGAGGGAAGCCCAGACGAUGGGGAAAUGGAGCCACCUUGAGAGGGGGUGUUGUGGGAUCAGUGUCAGGGUGAUCUGAUGGGCCAAUUUAUACUUAAGCAACGUUAUUAUGUUCACUUCUUUUGGGUAAGGGAUUCCUCACGGGAGGUGUGGUCAUCUGGUCCCAGAGGUGGAGAGAAACGCCCCCUCGUCUUCCUGAGCCAUUUGGAAGCCCUUUCUUCUAGCUCUAGGUACUGGUAACACGGGCCCCUCAGUCUUAGGAUGUGGACGGGGCUGGAGGAUACAGGCUUCUUGUCCCUUCCCCACUUAGCACCAUUGGCAUCUGGCAGUCAGGGGCCUCCCAGUGGCCACUCCAAAAACCUGGUGUCCUUGGAGAACAUUUUUCCUGUUUGUUUGUUUUCAGUGCUUUGAACAGCUGCAUUCACUCACUGAGGGCUCGCCCUCCCUGCACCCGCCAUGUGGUUCAGGAGGGAAGGGAGCGAUGGGCACUGACCCCUUCUCCUCUCCUGUCAGUGGCCACCGCAGGGCCCCCUCUGGCUUUGUCACCACGUUCUCCCGCCCUCGUCACCUCGUCGCUUCUUCCUUAUUCACUUUUCCUUCCUUUGCCUGUUUUCUUCUCCCAGUUGGUUAAGUUCUUGAUCGUUCCUGGCACCACCUACCCUGAGGUCUACCAAGGACAGAAAUGCCAGGACCUCUGUGAGGCAGUGUGGUGUCCCUGUGGGGUUACCAUGGUGGGACCUCCUCGACCCCAGAGUGAAUGAACGGCUGGCCAGCCAGUGUCUGUGCUGAUGGCUUAGAAUUACUACACAGCCCCUCCUCUUUGCUGGGAAGGGAGAGUCAGCCCAGCCCCUGCUGCGCACAGGGAUAGGGCUCCCUGAUGUUUAUUAACUGUAGAUAGUGAAUUUCAAGUUGACAGGUACCUUCUCAGGGAUUUAUAUAUAAAUGUAGUUAGAGGAAAAGUUGAAGUCUAUUUUACUACCUUUUAGUAUUUGAGUAAAUUAUAGUUUAACUGGACAGAAGAAAUAUUUCUCAGACAAUGUCUAUGCUGCUGAUUACAACUGAGGUGCCUGGAGCUCACCCCCUGAGGGAGACUUCCUUGGUGAUUAGAGAUUUGGGACUCUGGCAGCGGAAACGGCUUUAGGGUGGGUGUGAAGUCGCUUCAAUCCCUCUGAGUUGCCUCUUGUGGAUGGAACGUAUGUGUCAACAACAAUGAAAUCCACCUCCGUGUGCAUGGAGGUGGCUGAUGAGAACAGACGGGCCAGUCCUCACUCUUCCCUCCAGAGCCAGCCGCUCUGGUCUGACGUUGGAACACAUGAACUAACAGUGGGUGCUCCGGUCUGACGUUGGAGAACGUGAACUAACAGUGACCAUUUUUUUCUACUUGCUUCUGUGAAUAAAGUGUUCUACAGUCAGCCCAGCACUAAACUCAUCAGAAGGGAGGAGGGCACGGCGUGGAGCUGCUCAUCUGGAAUUACCUUGGUGUGCAGAGGCUGUCCCUUGGCCACGCUUGGAAGACGCAGUGGGAAACGUCAUGGGCUUCUUGCUUCCUCUCAAGCUCCAGACUCCUGGCAGUACUGGGGACCUCAGGACUAUCGAGAUCAGAAAUGCAGUGGCUUCAUCUCAGCGUGGCCACUCCUGAGACAAGAGGCUCCUCCUGGGAUCAGGAGAGAGGAAGUUCAUGAUGUCAAUUGGAAAACAGGAUUUAUGGACGCAGAAGAGGGGCUGUGCUUUUCAGAAGUGGGCCCCUCUGCCCACUUCUCUCCCUGCUGUCUGCAGUGACCAGGUUUCUGGAGUGGAGAAGAGCCUGUUGUGAGUGAAAGAGAAGCCCCUGGGGUAGGGCCAGACCCCGGGCCUGAAAAGGAUGCAAAGCCUGCUGCUUUCAGGAGUUGGGAAGAAUUAUGGGUACUGAGCGAUUAUGAUGAAAUGCAUCCCAGAGAGGAAAUGAAUGGGCCUUAGGACGUGGGCCUGACACACCCCUGGUAGCCCUCCUGCAAGAACACUACACUGCCCCCAGCCCGUCGUCCACACUACAUGACGCGGGAAGGCUGUCUGUCCAUCCUUACCCUGGGGAGCCACGCCUGCUUUGGGGAGUGAGCUGCAGCCCUGACGUGCGCCCUGUGUUACUCUCUCCCCAGAUGGGCCCAGAGACUCAGGCUUGCUCACUUGCGCCCUGACACAGCUCGCUGUUCCCCCGGUGGUCAGUCUCCCUGUGCUGUGUCAGCUCCCAGACACCACUGGUCUUUCACAUGCUACAGCAUGAGCCCUCCGCCUCCCACGUGGGUAGCUGUGUAGAUUCUGCACCUGGCAGUUGGCGAUUCCCCUUGGAAACCACCGGGGGGCCUGGUCCUUGGCUUCUACUGCAGCCCCUUUCCGUCGGCACCUGCCUGGAGGGCCACGGUCUGUGGAAGGACACGGAGGACACUGACCAUGACUGAUCCGUCUGAAACAACAAAGUCACGUGGAGGACAGCUGCAGUGGGGCGGAUGCCAGUGCAGCAGGCAUGCCAGGAGCUGCCGAGAGCUGACAACGAAAGCGGUUCCUGCCAAGGCGUGGCUUGCACCCCCACCCCCAUGCUGCCCCGUGCGCACUUGGGUCUUGCUUCUGCGUCGGUGUAACUCCAGUCAGCUGCUUUCUGUGCCCUUGCACUCACGGGUUCCUUCAUUAACACUGUAAAUAAGUGGCUAAAAAAAAAAACUCCUCUGGACGCUGUUUUUGAAAGAAACAGGAUAAAGAAAAACACAUACACUACCUGGGUUCAUGUGACUAAUUUUCGAGUGACUCGGUUGAAGGCCGGUGUUGCAUACACGGUUUCUCAUGCUGACCCAGCCCAAAAUAAGACUUGAUAAAAGGCACAGCCCUCGGCAGCAGGCAGUGCCAACCUGGACGCCAACACUAAGGUGUGAGUGUGUGCGCAGGCAAGCACGUGAAAUGAACUGAAAGGACACUUGGGCUUUGUGCUGGCAAAGGUGAUGAUGCUGCCGUUGCUUGGCUGUGGGCUCCAGGCAGGGGCAGAUGGGACCUGCUUUGAUGGCGUGCUGUUCAGUGGACUUGUGGGGUCUCGCAUGGUCCCAGGACCCACUGUGAGCACCCUGCCCACUGUGGCACAGAACACAGCUGGAGCUGUUACAACACAGGUCUUUAUUAAAAGGCAGGGUUGACCCAGGCGGCUCAUCUAGAACCCCUUUGGCUCAUCUAGAAUGCCUUGGCCGCAUGGAGGCACUCAGAUCCAGGGCCCCAGGCCCAGGAGGGUUCUUUCCACCCUGGAAGAGCUCCCCAGGCAUUCUGCCCUCAGCAUGUGGCUGCGGAUUACCCUCAGAAUCAACAUCUCCUUGAGGAAGCCCUGGUAUUUUCCCAGGUCUGCCUACACGUCAGAUACUCUAAUCAGUGCUAACACAGUUCGGUUUUUGAGGGAAAUAGUUUUGUCAUAAUACUACAUCCUUCUAUUGUUUUCAAAUAAAAAGGAGAAAAAAUGAAGCUAUCCAUCAGGUAAAGCAAUGGUCCACAUUGGCCGGAUGCUUUAUGAAGUUUUGGGAGAUCGGAGUGGAGGCACCCUCACACCAGUUUUUAAGCAAAAGUUCUAGAAGCUGGUUUAGAACUGCACAGCUAUGGAUACACUCGAUGAAAACUGCAAAAGGCGAUGGCAGGCCCAGAAAUAUGACUAGCAAUUAUAACCCUUCAGAUGAACAGUAAAAGCCAAUGUUCUGGAAUUCUCUUUGUUCUGCCUGGCAUUUGGGGUGUCCAAGGACCUGUGUUUUUAACAAAGAUGACUUUAUCACCAUUCUAAGGAUUGAACAGAUUCCUGCACAGGGUGCCAGGUUUCCAGUUAGGUCCUCUUAGUAUAAGCUCUCUUCUGAAUGUAAACCUAUUUGCAUUGUCGUUUCUAAAAAUCCAGUAGGUUUCUGGAUAUUGUAAAGAUACUGAGUACAGAUACAAUUGUAUAAAUUUCAUAGUGUUUUAUUUUGAGGUGAGAGUUUUGUUAGAGUUUAUAAAAGAUAUUUUCCUAUUCAGACCUCAGGGCUAUUUUGGGACCUACAAAUAAAUGUGAUUCCCAGCAGCUUCAAUUUUUGAUAUUCAAAAAGUUAAUAAUCUUUAAAUUAAAUAUAAUGUGAUAUUAUUCAACAAAAAGAAUGUUUUUCCCUUUUAACUUCUAACAAACUGUGUAUCUAAUGUAUAAAAAAUAUGGAAAAAUUGUGGUAAUGUAAAAAUGUGGGAGAAUUGUGGCUAAAGAAUAAAAAAAAUCACUUGCUAAAUAAAACAUUCUUAUGGUCCAAAAGUAUAUUUGAAUAAACUUAAGUGCAUAUAGAGAAUGAAACAAUGAAAUAUGCCAGGAUUU